CCUCAUCGGUCAGAGGGUGAGAACGACGACGAGAUCGACGAGUGGGCGCGACAGCAUCUGAUGUCAUUUGAUAUUGAUAGCAUGAGCAUCAAUACUGUAAGCAUGAUACCAUUGCUAAGAGCCUUUUUAGGGACAAUUACAUACUACAAGAAAAUAUAGAAACAUGGAGUUCGCAAGGUCGCUUCAGUUUUCCCUCACCGGUCUUCGGCGGUCAUGCCGCCCUCUUCUCCGAUUUAUUUUGGGAUCAAUCGUGCUCGGGGAUCAUGCCUGUCCCCGUCCAGUAUUUGGUCUGUGCGUCACUUUGCGCAGAGCACAGAACUCGCCUGACGCUGGAGCGGGACCUCCUGAGUACCUCUCUUCAUCGCCUGGUGGACAUAGGCAUCGCAGCAUGGCAACAAGCAGUAAUCCUCGUAGAAGUGGAGGUGCUGUUGGUGCUGACAGCACCAGUAGUCGAGGCGCAACUUCGAGUAGAGCAGCAGGUGAAGAAAGUACAACUUCAUCUAGUAGUAGAGCUAAGAAUCCUGCCUUGGCUGCUCAAAUCGCUAGAUGGGAACAUAGUUCUGUCACUGGCAGUUCUCUACGCCCUCCUCCUGCUGCAGUAGAUGAUAUGACGGUGAUGAAGGCACCACCGAGGUCUAGCGUUGAUGUUACAUCAGCUUCACGGAGCGUCGGGGAGAACAGCAGUAGAGAUGCUGGGCAGAAAUAUUUCUACAUCGGAAGUACGAGUACAUCACCGGAGCCCGAGGAAGGGUGCGGAGGUGCUGGAGAGUUGGAAGAUCGCGCUGCAGCACGAAAAUACGAACGAGCAGAAGAAGAUGAUUCACUUAACAAGGCGGAUUAUCUCCUCACCGGUUCCAAGCGCGGACGACAUGCCAACAAAGGGGCCGUACGAGAGGUUGGGGGAAAGACCAAACGUGCUGUAGCUGAUUACCAUAUGCAUAUGGACGAGCCCUAUCCUCAUGACCACUCCAGUACUAGUUGUGGGAAAAGCUGGAUGUUGUGUAGGGACUUGCCGCGAGGAGUCAAGCGAGCGAUUUGGAUUUCCAGCGGAGUCGCUGCCGCAUACCUUUCAACAGCACUAGGAUCAUCGUCCGGACCACACGGCGACAACAUCCCUCCCAUGGUUGCUUUAGCAGCCUCCCGUGGCCUCGCGGGUUGCGAUUUGAGCGUGGCAGGUUGCGGAACAAGAACAUUAUGAACUCCAGUGGGAAAGUUGGAAAUUAGUCGGCCAUAAUAAGUAUGUGAUUUAGGGCUACGUAAGUUUAAGUUUAACUUAAUGAACUCUACAACUAGUUCCACUGGAGAUAGGUUAUACCACUUCUGCACACUGUGAAUAGAAAUAUUUAUCAUUCGACGUUAAUGUUAAACCGAAUGAUACAUAGAGAUAGAAACCGGGUCUAACAUAGACGACGGCCCCGAGCGCCCCGCUGCGGGAACUAUUGGCGACGUUUCCAUUUAAUGAGGACGUUGAAAACGGCGACGAAAAAGAGAAUUAGAGUUUGGUCGUACAAUAAUAAGUCAAGUGUACUUAUGUUUUUUCAUGAUGCGCGAGGGCGAGAGCGAGACGGUGCAUCAUAUUGUAGCUACGUUACAGUUUCAGUUGUAGAAGAUAUAACUUUGCCAUAAUUUGAUAGUUCUCUUGGUCUGUUUAAAAUACGACACUGAUCGAUGAUCAUGAUGUACCUAUCAUGUAGGUACCUAGUUUUUUUACCUCCUCUCCCUCAAUAGAUCAUGUACGCGAACAUCUGAACUAAACAUUACGAGCAUAGAUAACUUGUCAUGAAUUGUAACUGGUCCUAGAUGAUUGAUAAUCCGAGCUAUUGAGAUUGAGCACAUGAAAAUGAUAUGGAGUAGAUUUUUGUCCAUUGUGGCCUUAAAAAUACUGCUCUCUGAUUUCGUCUUCACCCUUCGCUUCUGAAGAAAUAUCUUUUGUAGCCUCUGUCUAUCUUGUUCUUGUUUGAAAAUACAGCAAAAAAUAAUGGGACGGUUGAAAUGUUGAGUGGUACAACUACAACUACUAUUGAUCGGGGAUGCAAUCCUGCUUCUACAACAUCUGCACCUUCAUGAAGAAAGAUUAUUUCAGAUCGGACUCUCUGUGGUAGCACCACACGCAAAAAAGCGGUACUAGCUCGUCCGAGCUCAACAUAUCGCACUGCAAAGGAGCUCGUUUGAUCAUGGCGACUCUACUUUAUUACUGGAAGAAAGCG